CUUUUCGCCUGCUUUCCUUUUUAGAUUGCAAUGCCGAUUAUUGGAAUUGGAGUGGACACUUGCCAUCUACCACACCUGCACUCGCUCCUAACGCGGCAUUCUCCCUGGCGGCUAGUUCGCCGUAUCUUUACAGUUCGAGAACGAGAAUUAUUUGAGCAGAACUUUGGCGCACUCGAUUUACACAAACCCUUGUCGAAAUAUCCUAACCCUGAAGGGGGCCCACAUUGGAACCGUAUACCGCCCCCACAAAGAAGGCUCCUGUCAUAUUUGGGUGGCAGAUGGGCGGCAAAAGAGGCCGCGUUCAAAGCCCUGUAUCCUACUUAUCACUUGCAAUUCCGUGAUGUUUCUAUUCUUAAAGAACAAGGAGCGAAGCCCUGUAUUGUCCUUUCUCCGGACAUUGUAGAGGCUGCCAAUGUAUCGGCUAGCCAUGUAUCAUUAUCGCACGACGGCGAGAUUGCUAUGGCAUAUGUAGUAUUUGAACGAUCUUGCGAUGAGCAAACCUGUGCCAAGCUCACGAAGCAAUGAGCGCGUGCGCAACAAACGACACUCUCGCGCCAUAUCAAGGCUGCCAAUACAAGUCCACAGUCCAGCAAAGCCUAUGAGCCCAUUUUGCACGGCACGGUCAAGUAAUCUCAUUGGCUACCGGUUCGCAGCUAAGGGACAACACCUUCGACCUGGAAACAGUAAAUAAUGGAUCCUCUGGGAGUAAGCGCCUAGCCAACGAGCAUAUUUUAGAGCUUAAAGAACUCUGCGGGGCGAUCUCGUUAUGGGUCGUUGUGACUCGACGGACAGCCGAUAGUGGAUGCCUUGGAGCCCGGGGAAAUGGCUUGCCAUUAUCGACACGCCAUGCUCUAGUCUCCUUGGUUGAAUAGAGACCAAGACUGCUUGCUGCACAGCAUAAAUGAAAUCUUUCAACUAGCAGCUUUUGACCUAUGGCGAGGUCCAUCGCCGAUUUCACGACGCUGCCCUACGUGGCUGCAAUACCUAAUAUGACGGGUGUGAGUAAUCGGCUGUUCUGUCAUACUAGGAAAUUGGACAACGACCCGGAUUGGCGUCACCUUUUCCUGCAGACAUCCAUCUGUCUAGACAUCGUAUGCAUCACAGGAAAUAAGAACUAAAAUGUAGAUAUAUAUGUAUCAUGUAAAUUACAUCCGGUGGUUGUGUAUAUUUGCAAUACGAUAAAUGGCAAGCUUACAGCUAACUCCAUUGAUAUCCAA